AUGGCUGUCACGUGCUCUACCGGCGGUAGGUGGCUCUGCCAGUACCGGUACCUACCUAGCGUUUUGAAGCGCGACCUCAUACCUAGCAACUUCCACUUUGGCACUUCCUACCAGCGACCUUCUCUCCGCAACGUCCCAGAUCGUCAACAUAUCAUGCUGAGGAGUUCAUAUCAAUGA